ACCAUUAUAAAUACACUGGAGCACCCAGGUAUAACUUAUACUCUGAUUCUACUAAAAACCUGCUUAAUACCCUUGCUAACUUAAAGCAUCAGAGUCCCUUGCAGGUACCACCACUCUCCGGUGACAAAGGAUCAGCACCAUCACCUAGUCCAACAAGUCGGACAUGGCGCGGCUCCGGUCACCAUCAUCAAGUCGGACACAACAGCUCCGACCAGUACAGAAGAUCUCGUCCGAGAUCAACCUACAGUUUCAGAAAUUGCUCAGACGUGAUAAUUUUCAAUCUUGCCAGCAUGCAUUAUUAGUCCCAAAGGAGGAAGACUAUACUGAAUGGUUUAAAAAUGCUGACUUCAAAGAUUUCAAGCUUAAAAGGAUAGGUCCAAAGUGGUACCGUGAUGUGUGGAGGCAUGGUUUGAUCAUGGGUUGCUCUGUGAUUGGUGUGAAGCCAUUUUGUGGAGACUCUCCCCUCAAGCUUGGUCCAAAGGUAGAGGAUGUGAAGAAGCCUCUGAAUCCACUUGUGUUUCUUUCUCGAUUAAUUCUUGGUGCAAUUGCAGCCACUUAGUCCAGCGG